UUACCGCCUGCCUGGCUGAGUGGCUGCCUCGCCCAUAUUCGACUUCCUCAGUUCCUUGAACAAAUAAGAACACAGUGCGUACUCCAUUGUCCUCUUCGCGACUUCGCACUACCACAUUCCUCAGCUCGUUGACGGGCACCGCCAUCAUAGCAGCCCCUUCUCGCUCCUUCCACCUGCGUAGCCACCCGCCUCCUCCUUCCUUCUCGCCGCGUCGCCGGUCAUCUUCUCUCUCUCCUCUUUUGUCAAGGUUUGGUUUUAAUGGUUUAAUUGGUUUUCGGUUCUCGUACUUAGUUUGGUGUUUAGAUUUGAUUUUCCUUUGAAUAGUUGAGCCUAUCAUGAGUUGAUUAAGCAGAAAGUUUAGGCUAAUUUUCCUAGUAUUGGAUGAAAAUCACGAAUUAGGGUUUUUCCCCAAUCCUCCCAUUUCGUUAAUUAUUCAAUUCUUUUUGCCGAAGAAAAUCUAUUUGGAUAGAUUAAACAAUUUGAGGACUAUUUGGAUAGAUUAAACAAUUUGAGGACUAUUUGGAUAGAUUAGCUUCUCCAGUGCUUUGAGAUUGGUGAUUUCCACUAUUGACAUAAGUACAUAACAAUGGCGGAAACCGACCCAAGCAAGAUUAUGUGCAGCAAUUGUGAUUACCUAGGUCUCUAUGUGGACGACGACGGUCGCUACUAUUGCACCAACUGCAACUCCCAAGCCGUAGACAUCAUCGACCAAGCCAACGCUGACGAAGACUUCCUCGACAAAGGCAAUGGUGCCUCCAUCUACAACGCCGCCAACAAACGCUCUGCUCCUCUCUACUCCGCCGACCCCGAUCGUGAUUAUCUGGGACCCACUGAACCUGCUGAUUUCGGGAAGACCCCAAAAGGAGUUUACUACAAGGACGAAGACUACUACAAUACAAUUCGUAUGAGGCAUAUUUUGGGUGUUCAGUUGAUGAUUCAAUUUCAGUGUGAAGCUCUUGUGGAAAAAUGUGGGGUUACUCCUUUGAUUUGUGGAAUUGCUGCUUCGAUUUGGCUGCGCUUUGUUGCUACUACUAGGGUGUUUGAUGAUGAUUGGGCUGAUAAAACUGUCUUGGACUCCGAAACAGGGGAAAAGAGAUACCAAGUAGGAAAACACUGCAUAAACGAGCCUCGAAAUAUGCAUAACGAGCGUAUGGUGAUGAUAUGGUCUAGAUCUUUGAAAAAGACGAUACCAUUGUCGUGUUCUUUAGCUGUUUCGUAUUUGGCCUGUCAUAUUGCUAAAGAACCGGUUCUUCCGACUGACAUUAUUAAGUGGUCUAUCGAAGGAAAGCUUCCUUAUUUUGGUGCUUUCCCUAAGAUUGCAGAAUCCAUCAUAGAGAUUGAGAAAUACGAUCACCAUGUUUCAGUUAUUUGUCCAUUGAAAACAAGUACUAUGUUCAGGCCUAUACAACUUCCUUUACAUAAGUUGGAGUCAAUGGCAGCAUCUAUAGCUCAGUCUGUAGGCCUGAAUUUGCCUCCAGUCAACUUUUACCGAAUAGCUCACCGUUAUCUAAAGCAGUUAUCUCUUCCGGUGGAAAAAAUUCUUCCAUAUGCUUGCCGCAUACAAGAGUGGUUGAUGCCUCCUGAUUUAUGGUUGUCUGCAAGCGAAGAAAAACUACCUUCUCGUGUUUGUGUAAUGUCGAUACUAGUUGUCGCAAUUAGAAUUCUAUAUAAUCUCAAUGGUUUUGGCAAAUGGGAAUCAACUCUAUCUGCUCCAACUGUCUUCUCUUCAAGGGAUGACCAGACAGCAAGUUCUGGCAAGUCCAACGCAAAUAAAGGGGCUGAAAAAGCUUCUAAAAAUCUGGGUGGAGAAUCUGGAGCAAAUUUGUCGUCCGUUCAUAAAUUUGAGUUUGAUAGCACAGAGCUUUUGCGCAAUCUUGAAAGGAGAUAUGAUGAUUUGAGUGAUAAAUUUGAAUAUUCCAAGGAUUUACCAACCUAUCUUCAAUAUUGCAAGGAUGUCGUAUUUGCUGGUGUAGAGCCAUUGUACAAGGAUCCUACUUUUAUUGAAGAACUUUGGGAUUUUUAUGAGAAGAAUCGAGAGGAUAUUAAAACAUCUGAGGCAUUUGAAACUGAAUCAAAUCAGAAAAGAUCAAGGGACAAUGAUAAGAUUUUCAGUACUCCAUCAAAGGACAACAAGAAGCAUAGAGAUGAAGGAAUCACCAGCUCUUCAUCAGCUGACAGUGGAUUCCAGUGUAUCUAUAACAGCCCCAAAUGGGACCAAGGUGCUGAUAAUACUCAGCAGAGUUCACAAGCAGACCAAGCUCCAGCAACUGUAGAAAAAGGUGAGGCAUCAUUAGAAGACAUAGCACUUAAGUAUCUGAAAAUAGACAUGGAAGAACACCGCUUCUGUUACAUUCCACCAAGGGUGGAAAUCAAGAGACGUGACCACCUACACUAUUCGCGGAAAAAGGCCGAUGGUUCUUUAGCUUUCGUUGCCCAUGCUGAUUACUAUAUACUACUUAGAGCUUGUGCAAAAGUAGCCCAAGUUGAUAUUCGUAUUAUGCAUGUCAGUGUACUCAGUUUGGAGAGAAGAUUGUCUUGGAUUGAGAAAUGGAUCGACAAUAGUUUUCUGGAAAAAUGUUCCACGGGCUCUGUUGAAUCUGAGGAUGAGGAUGGUUUAGAAGACGAAUAUGUUAAUUUGUCGAACUUAAAUAUAUGACAUUCUGUGUGUGUAUAUUGGAGGUACCUUUCUUCUUCUUUGGUGGGCAAAGUUUCCGGAGUUUGGGGCUCAUCUGCUAAAUGAAAAAAUCAGCAGUGAUUUAUGAGAGAGAGAUUAUCCUAGAUGGUGGACAAUUAUAUCUUUGCUGAUUCUCUGCUUUUCGCCUUUUCUAAAAUGAAACUGUCAGCGAUAGUCCAAAGAUUAACAGACGGCCCAGGUAGUCAUGUCUACAUAGCCAAGUUUUGAUGUGCUUAUAUUUGGCCCAUUUUUUCCUUUCCAUUAAUUGGUUGAUGCAUAAAACGAGAGCCCCAACAUAUAUCACUUUGAAAAGUGAGCUGUUCAGAAAUGCUCUGUCAUCUAGUAGAACUUCUCUUUGAGUUUUAUUGGGAAGACUGAUUUUAUUUCGAAAAUAAAAAUCUUCUGGAGACAAGUUCUGAUGCUUUGUCCCCAAGAAUAAAUAUUCACAAGAGAUUUCCCAAUGCCUAUGAGCUGUUUCAGGUGUGCCACUGUGUGAGCAGGUGUCAACUGGUCAAGCAAGAAAUCCAUGCUGUCUUUUACUAUCUUAUUGCUCAAACGGUGUAAUUUGAGGGUGGGUUUGAAUGGGCCAAUAUUAGAGAGAGGCAGCUUGUGGCUGCAGAUUUCUUUGGAUGCGGACGUGUACAGAGAUGCUUCAGUUGCAUAGGUGUUUGGGAUGAAAGAAAUAGUGAACUGUAGGACUGUAAAACAUCCUUUUGUUACAGUGCAAGAGGCUGUAAGUUAUCUUGCUUAAUAUCUAGAGGUAGUAGGGAAGAAUGGUUGACUCUUGGCAAUCCCCUUCAGCAAGUCAAGUGAAGAUAAAACUUGAUGUUUCUGUGUUAGGUUCAUUGGGUUUGGGGAUGAGGGAUGUGUUCAUGAUCCCACAGUUUGCAAGCAAGUGAGAGCAGAGGGAAGUCAUUGAUCGUGGAGAUGAGAGCAGCAGAGUUGGGACUCUUAAUGGCAAACUGCAAGACUUGUAAGCAGAUUUUCUGGAUUUCGAUUUUAUUCAAGUCAUUACUGUGCUCUAGGGGGUGGACUGACUAAUCAGAGGUGGUGAGGACGCCACAAAAGAGAGGCUUCUUAAUAGGUGAAUGAAACAUAAUCUGAAUGGAAAGGCUUUGGGAUACUCCUUUGUGAAAGUUCCCAGAGAGAGUUAAAAUACUGGCAACAGUCAUUGAAGGCGCGGGACAAGGUGAUAAUCGAUAUUAUCCUUAUUUGGUGCGACAAGCGUGUCUCGAAUCAAAAUAUUGAAAUUCCCCAUAAUAAGGUUUUUAUACUCCAGAUAUUGAAUUCUCUUUCACAUCUAGAGCAAUUGUAAAAGUUGUUGAUGCAUCGGAUUCUGGUUCUGUACUCUCACAGCUCUGUAUGGGAAACUACAGGAAUCUUGGAGAAUACUUGUGCAUUGUGGAAUGGAUUCUGAAUGGGCUAAAGGCUUAAAGCUUAACAAACAUGCACUCCGUUGUCACUAUCAGGCGUCAUCCAGUCAUUUUACAAUUAUUUGUUUAGUGUGUCAUAUUAAUCACAAUCAUUUAUGCAAUAAUUAUCAGGUCUCAUGCGGCUCAUGCCUGAUUAUGUUAAAUUGAUAUUUCUAUUGCUUGAUUACUACUUGAUUGGCUGUUCCUUUAAAAAAAUCAGAAAACGUUGAAGAGGAAGGGGUGAGAAAUUGUUAUCCUUCAAAAUCAGAGUAAUAGGUCCCCCAAGAUUCUGAUUGAAGGUAGUAUUCCAUUCCCCCAUCCCUCCAAUCCAAUCUUAGGUUACAAUUUCUUUUUGUAUUUUUUUGUGAAACUGUGUAAAUAUAUUCGGCUUGAAACUGUGUAGAUGUAUUCCAUUGUUAGGCAUGUAUUUUGAACAUUUUUUCACCCAUCUUUGCUCACAGGUACCUGUAUACACGUGUUCCUACUUCCUUAGUUCACAAUAACAGGAGUAUAAAACCAACAUUUUACUUGCUAUGGAGUUGAAUAGUGUGGUUCAAAAGCUCUGUAUCAUAUUAGCUGCAGUAGAUGGUUGGCAGUCCCUAUUAACAAAGAGUAAUCGUUUCGUGUAUUCCGUAAAUCAUCAGUAAGUUAAUGUGAAAUGCACUGUUAUAUUGGUUUA